AUGGAGCUGCGUGUGGGGAACAAGUACCGCCUUGGACGGAAGAUUGGGAGUGGGUCCUUCGGAGACAUCUACCUGGGUGCCAAUAUUGCCUCUGGUGAAGAAGUUGCCAUCAAGCUUGAGUGUGUGAAAACGAAGCACCCGCAGCUGCACAUCGAGAGCAAGUUCUACAAGAUGAUGCAGGGAGGAGUGGGAAUCCCAUCCAUCAAGUGGUGCGGAGCGGAGGGGGACUACAAUGUGAUGGUCAUGGAGCUGCUAGGGCCCAGCCUCGAGGACCUCUUCAACUUCUGCUCCCGCAAGUUCAGCCUCAAGACGGUGCUGCUCCUGGCGGACCAGAUGAUUAGCCGCAUCGAGUACAUCCACUCCAAGAACUUCAUACACCGGGACGUCAAACCUGACAACUUCCUCAUGGGGUUGGGGAAGAAGGGCAACCUGGUGUACAUCAUCGACUUCGGCCUGGCCAAGAAGUACCGGGACGCCCGCACGCACCAGCACAUCCCCUACCGGGAAAACAAGAACUUGACUGGCACUGCCCGCUACGCCUCCAUCAAUACCCACCUGGGCAUCGAGCAAAGCCGCCGCGACGACCUGGAGAGUCUGGGCUACGUACUCAUGUACUUCAACCUGGGCUCCCUGCCCUGGCAGGGCCUCAAAGCGGCCACCAAGCGCCAGAAGUAUGAGCGCAUCAGUGAGAAGAAGAUGUCGACGCCCAUCGAGGUCCUCUGCAAAGGCUACCCCUCCGAGUUCUCCACAUACCUCAACUUCUGCCGCUCCCUGCGGUUCGACGACAAGCCUGACUACUCGUACCUGCGCCAGCUCUUCCGCAACCUCUUCCACCGGCAGGGCUUCUCCUACGACUACGUCUUCGACUGGAACAUGCUCAAAUUCGGCGCAGCCCGGAACCCCGAGGACGUGGACCGGGAGCGGCGAGAGCACGAGCGCGAGGAGAGGAUGGGACAGCUCCGUGGCUCGGCAACCCGGGCCCUACCCCCUGGCCCGCCCACAGGGGCUGCCGCCAACCGGCUCCGCAGUGCAGCAGAGCCUGUGGCUUCCACCCCGGCCUCCCGCAUCCAGCAAGCUGGCAAUACUUCUCCCAGAGCGAUCUCACGAGUCGACAGAGAGAGGAAGGUGAGCAUGAGGCUACACAGGGGGGCGCCUGCCAACGUCUCCUCCUCCGACCUCACUGGGCGGCAAGAGGUCUCCCGGAUUUCAGCCUCACAGACAAGCGUGCCAUUUGACCAUCUCGGAAAGUGAGGAAGAGCCACCAUCGGACCAGUAUUUGCUUAGAAGAUGGGAUGCCUUCAGCACAGAGGAUUCUUGUCCCUACGCAUUUCCCAUUGUCCACAACCUUCAGGCAGCCAAAUGCUCCCCAGACAUGGGGCUCCACACGCCAGGCGCCACGGCCGUGCCCCAGCCAGCGCAGACACCGGCCAAGAGGGGCUAUUUCCAUGUUGGAGAUGCCGCUGGUCCUCGUGUGCCAUCAAGAGGUGGCCUGAGGAGCCGGGGGGAAUGGUGUGGUUGAUCGGGGUAGAUCCCACUGGGUGCUCUUGAGUCUCGGGACCCCAGGAGACAGGCACAGCUCCUACUGCCCCGAAAUGACUGUGGCCAAAUUUCUGGGUUGGGCUUUUCAGUGUCCCCUGAACGUCUGGGUCUCUUUGCCUCUCCAAGAAGACUUUGAGGAAUGGGUGGCGAGGUGGUGGGGGCUGGGAUUCCUUGUGUGUGUGUGUGUGUGUGUGUGUCUGUCUUUGUAGCUCCCAGGACAGCAGGUGCCCUGCCCCACCUGCCAGGUGGACUUUUGGUUCUCGCCCUCCUAACAAGAACACAGGGGUAGGCGGUGACUUUCUGUGGCCCCCAAGAAGGGCAUAGAGGGUCCUUGUCACUGUCGAUCCCUGAGACUGUCAGCAGCCUGUGGCAGCCCCAUCCCCUUUCCGUGGUCUUAGGGCAGAUCUGUGACUACUUCCAGAAAGCAUCCGGCUCCUGGGUUAUGAAUUAAUUCUCCGGGCAGGCCACACUCACCUGGCGCCCCACCUUCCCUCCCCGUGUUCUGCCUCUCUCUCCAGGAGGAGCCUGGGGUCAGGGAUGGGCACCGGAUUCAUCCACCCCUCCUAGUUAACACCCAUUUUUACUUUAUUUUUGUUUGUUUUCUCUGUGUGUGUAUUUCCUAAUUUAUUUACCUCUUUUUCCCCUUUUUUUCUUUUCCUUUUUUUUUUUUUUAAUUAAAGAGCAAAGCUUUUUAUUACUUUGUAAUUUAAAAAACUGAAAAAAAAAUACUGAAGAACUUUGGGGGGAAUUUUGUACUUUUUUCCUGUGUAAAUAUUGGACUUUUUUGAGCUUUAUUGUGGUUGUUAAUUUGAAGUAAUAAAGUAGAAAAGGAUAAAGUGAAA